CAGGUGACUCACGUCCCUUGGAGAGUGCUGCCAUCCGGGCGACCGGCUAGCGGGGCCUCAGCCGCGAUGAUCCAGAAUGUCGGAAAUCACCUUCGAAGGGGCUUCGCCUCUGUGUUCCCCAGUCGCCAGUCCCGGAAGUCAGAGUCACGCGCAAAGUUCAAAGACAGCGCCAUGGCAGACGAUGAGGGGUACCGGAACCCCACAGAGGUGCAGAUGAGCCAGCUGGUGCUGCCCUGCCACACCAACCAACGCGGCGAGCUGAGCAUCGGGCAGCUGCUCAAGUGGAUCGACACCACGGCCUGCCUGUCUGCGGAGAGGCAUGCUGGCUGUCCCUGCGUCACCGCCUCCAUGGACGAUAUCUAUUUUGAGCACACUAUUAGCGUUGGACACGUGGUGAAUAUCAAGGCUAAGGUGAACCGGGCCUUCAACUCCAGCAUGGAGGUGGGCAUCCAGGUAGCCUCCGAGGACCUGUGCUCUGAGAAGCAGUGGAGCGUGUGUAAGGCCUUGGCCACCUUCGUGGCCCACCGCGAACUCUCUAAGGCAAAGCUGAAGCAGAUCACGCCUCGGACAGAGGAGGAGAAGACUGAGCAUGGUGUGGCAGCUGAGCGCCGGCGCAUGCGGCUGGUCUAUGCUGACACCAUCAAGGACCUCCUGGCCAAUUACGUCGUUCAGGAUGAUCUGGAGAGCAAAGACUGCAGCUACAUGGUGCCGGCCGAGAAGACCCGCGUGGAGAGUGUGGAGCUGGUCCUGCCCCCACAUGCCAAUCACCAGGGCAAUACCUUUGGGGGCCAGAUCAUGGCCUGGAUGGAGAAUGUGGCUACCAUUGCAGCCAGCCGGCUGUGUCGUGCCCAUCCUACACUGAAAGCCAUUGAAAUGUUUCACUUCCGGGGACCAUCGCAGGUUGGGGACCGCCUCGUGCUCAAGGCCAUUGUGAACAACGCCUUCAAACAUAGCAUGGAGGUGGGCGUGUGCGUGGAGGCCUACCGCCAGGAGGCUGAGACCCAACGGCGACACAUCAACAGCGCCUUCAUGACCUUCGUGGUCCUGGACGCAGAUGACCAGCCGCAGAGGCUGCCCUGGAUUCGGCCCCAGCCUGGGGACGGUGAGCGGCGGUACCGAGAGGCCAGUGCCAGGAGGAAGAUCCGCCUGGACAGGCGAUACAUCGUGUCCUGUAAGCAGACGGAGAUGCCUCUCUCUGUCCCCUGGGACCCUAGCAACCAGGUGUACCUGAGCUACAACAAUGUCUCCUCCCUGAAGAUGCUUGUGGCGAAGGACAACUGGGUGCUGUCCUCGGAGAUCAACCAGGUCCGCCUGUACACUCUGGAGGAUGACAAGUACCUGUCCUUCCACAUGGAGAUGUCGGUACACGUGGAUGCGGCCCAUGCCUUCCUCCUGCUCUCAGACCUGCGUCGGAGGCCGGAGUGGGACAAGCAUUACCGGAGCGUGGAGCUAGUGCAGCAGGUGGAUGAGGACGAUGCCAUUUACCACGUCAUCAGCCCUGCCCUCGGCAGUGACUCCAAGCCUCAGGACUUUGUGAUCCUGGCCUCCCGGCGGAAGCCUUGUGACAACGGGGACCCUUAUGUCAUUGCACUGAGGUCAGUUACGCUGCCCACGCACCCUGAGACGCCAGAGUAUAGGCGUGGGGAGACCCUCUGCUCAGGCUUCUGCUUCUGGCGCGAAGGGGACCAGAUGACCAAGGUAUCCUACUACAACCAGGCCACCUCAAGCUUUCUUACCUACGUGACCACCAACGUGGCCGGCCUGUCCUCUGAGUUCUACAACACCUUCAAGGCCUGUGAGAAGUUCCUUCUGGACAACCGAAAUGAUCUGGCCCCCAGCCUCCAGACCCUCUAGCACCCUCAGCAGCUGCCUCACUCCCACUCCAUCCUGCCAAGGACACGCGUGCAGUGCCUCAAGGAAGGCAGAGGCAUUUAUUUCUUCCCAUGGGAAGCCUGACCCAGGGGUCCUCCUGUGCAGCACUGUGGAUGGUCAGUUUCUGCCAACACGCGCCAGCAAGUCUUCGCGGUAACUCUGGGGCAGCCUGUAGUACACCCGGGUCCUGUCCACGGCCCUGGCUGCCAGCAGCACUGUCCUCAUAGGUUUAUAGCCGGCCUCCACAGGGCUGUACUCCACGGUGACGGUGGCCCGGGGAGAGGCUGCCAGCAACCUGGCCACGACUCCAGCCGCACUCUGGCCCAGUGGCCCAGCCUGCAGCUGGAAGGACACAGGUUGCCAGAGGCCCUGGAACAGCUCCAGCAUAUCUGUGACCAGCUCUUCCCUGUAGCCACUGUCUAGUACCUCCUCGGGCCAGCCCGGUGCCACUGUCACAUGGGGGAAAACCUCAGACACAGCUGUAAGCAGCUCCUUGCCGGCCACGUGGCCAGGCACUGCAAAACUCCCAUAAGAGACUUUGGUCCCGACCCACACAGGCCGACAAAACACACCAAGGUCGGAGAGGUGGGCCAGCAUGGCCAGGGAUGGCCGAAGGGCUGCGGGCUCUGCGAUGUGCAAAUGGACUCCCCAGCGUCCAGGAUGUGUGGCAAGCUGCUGCAGGCACGACUCCAGCGUCAGGACAGAGCCACCCGGGGCUUGGACGAUGGGCACAGCGUCCCCAGCUGAAGGCUCCUGGAGGCCAACGGUCAGCAGGAUCAUGCCUUCUUUGUCUGGAAGAGGCAGUGGAGGCAGCAGUGACUGGGGUUCGGUUACCAUGGGCUGUCAGAGCCUCUUGUAAAAGGGGCAGCAGGGGAGUCAUGGGCAGCCAAGAAGGAGGAGCUGGCGCCUCCUGUCUGGAAUUUGGGGACUGGGUCUGGGCUCCAGGUGGAAGAGCUGCUUUAGAAAUAGGCCCAGGGCUCAUAGGAAUGACAUGAGGAGCUCAGCUCUUGGCCCUUGGUAGUGGUUCAGCCAUGGGUGCUCACAGCACAACGUGGCUAAGGGCUCAAGGGUGCUGGUCUGAAAGCCAGGAACUCCAUACCCUUGGCAAUGCUGUCCUCCCCCACCUCCUCGCUGGUGUGUUGUCAUGGUAACAGAGUCCCUGCCCAGAGCAAAGUCAGGUCCCUGCAGUUUAGCUAGGAGCACAGGGCUGCAGGCAGACCUCACCUGGGAGUUGAACUGUUGCUGUGGUUCCGCUGCUCUGGAUGUCAGGAACCUGCCAUUCCACCUUCAGACCGUCAGCACCAGGGCGCUGCAGAAGAGGGAUCAGGCUGCCCCCUGUGUAGUAGGUUAUCUUCCGUGUGGCAUUCACUGUGGGGUCCCAAAUUGUCAAGAUAAAGUGGCCACCAUUUACAGAGUGCCUUCUGUGUGCUAUAGCUAUACAUGCUUUCUGAUCCUCACAACAACCUGCCAAGUGAUUUCCCCUUUUGUAGGUUCCAGGAAGUGACUUGCCCAAGAUCCUACAACCAAUUGCAGAGUUGCUGGGAUUGGAAGCACACGGAGCUGGGUUUGUCCCCAAAGCUGUUAUUUUUUCCCCUCACCAAAAUGGAUCCCAGGGAAGGAAUGUUGAAUCUGGUGGGUCCCCUUUGAUAAUGGCUUAAUUGCAGGCUCUCCUACAUUUGGAGUCAAGGGAAUGAGCAGUUUGAACAAGAGAACAGGUAGCACCUGGAUCAUUGAUUAGCAGUAGAGGAGGGGGGUUGCUCACUGAAACACUAGAGUAACCUGCAGAGAAACUACGCUGUAAGGAAUGGUAUAUGGGGUUUGAAAUUUUCUGGGUUCCAACCUGAGCUGAGCCAGGUCCAAGCUGAAUGACUUGGUAUAAAUCUCCCUGUUCCACCCAGGGUGUCCCCCUCCGAUGUCCCGCCCCUCCAGCUCUGCUCCACUGUCCACCAGGUGCUGCCCUGUGCAGAAUCCAGCCCACCAUCCCUCCCCACCCUCCCAGACCACUCCCUACUGGCAAGCUGCUUGAACUUCGACAGAACAGGCUCGAAGAGGUCAUAGUAGACUUGGUCGGUGGCACAGUUGUCCCGGAAGUAGAGGAGAUCGUCCACUGACACUGGGUCCGCGGGGCCCUGCCACAGCGUCAGGCUGUACCUGGGGCACAGAGAGCAGGCUCGGCGUCUGUCUGGGCCCAGCUAGGUCCUCUGUCCCUGUACUCAGAACUGGACCCUAGCUGGGCAAGGGCGGAGCAGCUGACUUCCCACCAGCCCUUUCUUCCAGAGCACUACCCCCUUCCCGGGAGCAGAAGAAGCCACAGGGGCUUCAGGAAUGAUAACUGAAAGCAGAAGCGCAGAAGGAGGGAGAGGAUGCCCAUUUCCUGUUUUAGGAAAGGGUCAAGGACAGAAUGGGGUGGGCACAGGGGAUGGUGGGAGAGGCCAGGUGUGGAGGAAUGGGGAAGGCCUGGGGCUCCUGUGGGGAGCUGCUGCAGGCGGGGCCGGGCAGCUGGGAGCAGACUGCAGGGUGAGGGACGACCCUGGGGCAGAGGCUGCAGGUACAAUCUGUGUGGCCCCCUAGCUCGUUCCCAUGGGAGGAAGCUGUAGGGAGACGAAUUGUGUCUCAGCGUAAACUUAAACAAGCAGAGACUUAGUUGUCCACCAAUGGACGGGCUGCCUCAGGUCAUCAUUAACAGCCUGUCACCAGCCUAUCACCAGAAGUAUAUAAGCAGAAAGGGACCUCAUACAGGAUGUAAACACCUGAGGGGGUUAGCAUAGAAUCUUUAAGACCCUGCCGGCCAUGAGCAUGUAGGAUCAGUGCCUAAGGGUGGGUUUGGCAGGAGCAGGGGCUGUGCCAGGGUGCUGGGAGCUUCCACCUGUUAGACUGGCCCAGCAGCCAGCUGAAGUGGGGCCAGGCGGCCCGCACCAUGACGGCCCGCACAGGGAAGGUGACCCUCUGUGGCAGCGCUCCCACCAGCCCCUGCAUCUUCUUCACCAUGGCUUGGGUGUAUGUGCUGUUCGGGAACAGGGGCACAUAGAGCGUGGUCCAGCCUGGAGACAGGGUGGCCUCAGGAUACUUUUCCUGGACCAAGGCCAGGAACCUGCAGAGAAUCAGAGACACCGGUUUUUUAGAGCCUCGCUGGGUUCCUUCUCCUGGGUUCCCAUCACUGUGCCUGGCCUAUUGAGUCUAUAAUGACAGAAGCAGAGCCCUAAAAAGCAGAAGUGGCUUGUUUAAGGUCCCACGAAUAGAGCAUGAAUUUUGGAAUCAAUGGGAUCUGGGUUCAGGUCCUGACUCUGACCUUGGGCAGCUCAUUCUACCUCUGAUUCUCAAAGUUGGCAUUCCUGGGAGUUUGUCAGGAUGGCCAAAUGGUCUAAGGUGCCAGACUCAAAGUAGGCAUUCCUGGGGGUGGGAGGUGGCAGGGCCUCUUCAGUAUCCCCACAGGGGCAGGCGCAAUGAAAUCCAGAGCCUGGGGGGUAAGGGUCUGGGCUGCCUGCUGUGAGAGUCUUUGAAGCUUCAGAUUUUACUUUAAAAUUUCAUUCAUAUUUUGCCCUGAUACAAAUUUUAGUAGGCAAAGAAUGUUCCUGUCUCCUUCUCCCCAAACUAUUGAGUAAAAUCAAUACUACCAGAAUACUCCCAUAUUUAUCUUGUGCCACUGACUAUAUUUUUCAAAUUGCUGUUUUCUAAAUGCACCUCAGUUUGAGAAUCACAAAAAUUUGAUGGAUGGAUUAUUGGCUGAUUGGAUGGACAGAUGGAUGGAUGGAGAGACGGAUGGUAAAGAGUGUGAGGCUUAGCGUCAAAGCCUGGCUUUGAAUCUUGCUCUGCCAAUUCCUAGACUUAGGCAGGUCGUUUAACUUCAAUGAGAUAGUUCCUGUACUAAUAAAAUCUUCAUUUUGUAAUACUACCUACCUCAUUCACAUUGUUAAGAGUUAAAUGGUAUUCUACA